AGCGGCUGGUACUUAGCGCCUGCCGUCUCGUCUCUGUUUCAGGAGCGGUGCCAAUGUGUACAUCGAGUAAACGAAAGAAAGACGACAGAGAGGGCUCUUGUGUUUAUUACCGCGCCACACAUUCACCUAUUUCUCCGUGGUGAACUGAAGGAUAUUUCUUCCGAGAGGUCCCCACAUUUCAGGAGGAGACGAAAGCCUUAUUUGGAAAUCUUAUGGACGAAGAAAUGAGUCGCCAGACUGCCACCGCGCUGCCCACAGGAACAUCUAAGUGCCCUCCCUCUCAGCGCGUGCCCACCCUGUCAGGCACUACAGCCUCCAACAGUGACUUGGCAAGCCUGUUUGAGUGUCCUGUCUGCUUCGACUAUGUCCUCCCCCCAAUCCUGCAGUGCCAGUCCGGACACCUGGUAUGCUCUAACUGCCGACCUAAGCUCACUUGUUGCCCCACCUGCCGAGGUCCCCUGGGCUCCAUCAGGAACCUGGCUAUGGAGAAGGUGGCCAACUCUGUCCUUUUCCCCUGCAAGUACGCCUCAUCAGGCUGUGAAGUCACCUUGCCUCACACCGACAAGACUGAGCACGAAGAGCUUUGCGAGUUUCGGCCGUAUUCCUGCCCCUGCCCCGGGGCCUCUUGCAAGUGGCAGGGAUCGUUGGACGCUGUCAUGCCUCACCUGAUGCACCAGCACAAGUCCAUCACCACUCUGCAGGGGGAGGACAUUGUGUUCCUGGCCACAGACAUCAACCUGCCCGGUGCAGUGGACUGGGUAAUGAUGCAGUCUUGCUUCGGCUUCCACUUCAUGCUUGUGUUGGAGAAGCAGGAGAAGUACGACGGGCACCAGCAGUUCUUUGCCAUCGUGCAGCUCAUUGGGACUCGCAAGCAGGCCGAGAACUUCGCCUACCGGCUGGAGCUCAACGGUCACCGGCGCCGUCUGACCUGGGAGGCCACGCCGCGCUCCAUCCACGAGGGCAUCGCCACAGCCAUAAUGAACAGCGACUGCCUGGUAUUCGACACAUCCAUCGCACAGCUGUUCGCUGAGAACGGCAACUUGGGUAUCAACGUCACCAUCUCCAUGUGCUAAAAAACUUUCAAGAGAAGAGGGUUAAAGUUACAUAUUGUUAGGGGGCAUUUUUUUAAUUAGAGGGGUCAAAUCAGUUGUGACCUCACAGUGCCCCACCCCUCUCUGCCUCACUCCUUGAGACAUGGAUUUGGACUGUCUGAUCGGGCAGCCAUGGAGGCUCAGGGGGGUGAGAUGGAUGGUUGAAUGUUUGGAUGGAUGAGUGGAGGAACAUAAACACUGACAUAACUGUGUAGUGAUGGCUAUAGACUUGUAAACACAUUACUCGAGACCUGUGCACCCACACGGAGUCUCACCCUCCGUUGAUCAUCAACAUGGACGCAAACUGUUUGUCAAACUCCUUCCCUGGCCAUGUGUCUGUCUUGGAGUAAUUCCCCACCCCUCAUUUUAGUGUCUCUCGUGCUCCCUCAGUCUCUUUCUCUUCCCGUCAGUGAUGCUCAGACAUUUCAGACACUACAGCUUUUUCCGAGCGGAAGCUGGAAGGGGCUCCGCGCUCUGACGGCUGCACUCUGUGAAAAGGCUCAAGCUAUAUUUCAAAACGGACUCCUGGUCAGUGCUGGAGGGCUUGCUAGAUAGCUAGCUCCUCCUUCAGUUUGGAAUCCACCUCAGUACCCCUGAAAUCCUCCUACACUUACCCUCACUCUGAAUGGAACGGUUCCCGUGCUCCCCACCCUCGCAGGGCUAUGACCGUGGCUGUGGCUGCUAUUGACUUUCAAACUGGAACCCUGAGUCCAUAAAUAUCUUUAUCAAAAAUGUUUAUCUUCACCUGUUACUGAUGUGGCUGGUACUGGGACCAUCACCCAUGGAUAUGGAUGGCUGUAGCACACCCCCCACCCCAUCCCCAGUUAUGUCCAGGUCAAGAAUCUUGGACCUGCAUAAAGGGUCCAGGCAUGUCUGCAGCUGUGAUGGAAAACAACUGCAAACUCGUAGGGUUUGGUUUCCUUCCAGUCCACACCGGUUCCUCCCCCAAGGCUAAAGAUUGUGCAUCGGAUGCUCGUUAUUAAAUUGUUGACUGUUGUCGUCAGUUAUUAGACUCUGCUGUCAUACUGUAUGGAUUUAAGAAGGCCCUCGGCUACAUCAGCCCUGGAGUUUUUAUUUUAUUUUAUUUUUUUUUUUAUUUUAUUUUGGAGUUUUAUUUUCGAAGUGGACACAUCAGCAGUGUUCUGAUGUGCACAGACACGCUGCUCUUUGCAUUACAGGCUGCAUGUGCAGGUGAACACAGAGGAACAGGGGGUCCUUUUUUGGUUUUUCAGAACAAGGAAAAAAAAAAAAAA